AUGAAUAAGGAAGAUAAAACAAUGAAAAGUAGAACGAAUUGUGUGAGUGCAUUGAAAAGCUCAGCAAGAACUCCGUCAUCUGGUGAAAAACAAGAAAUCGAGAGUUCGGAUGAUGAGAGGAAAACGGCAACAAGAAAGACGAGACCGUUUGCAGCGAGAAGUGUGCAAGAAUCCAGUAUGAGCAAAAAAUUGAAGCCGAAUGCAACGAAAUCGAGUGUGGUGAAGAAAAGUCGGAGUGAUUUGCCGAAAAGUAAUGUGAGUCUUAGGGGUUUUAUUCCUUAGGCUUCUAAGGGUGCGGGUUUAGAGAAUUAGAAACAAAAAAUCUGACGAAAUGGAAAAUUAUUACAGAAAAAAAUAAUUCAUCAGCCAAUUCUUUCAAAAAAAAAAAAAUCAAUUGUCUAAUUUUUAGCUUGAAUCACCAUGUGGAAGUAAAAAACGUCAAAAAGAUUCGACAGAAAAAGUGAAACUUCCCUCUUCUGUUCCACCAAUAUCAAGAUCUCCAAGCCCGACAAAAAUCGAAUUAUCAUCAAAAGAAAAAGAAAAUAACAUUCCACUUCGAAAACGUCCAUCCUGCAAACUUCCAAUAAAUAUCGAUCCAAGCCCGACAAAAAUCGAAUUAUCCAAUGAGAAAUUUGAUGUGCCAACAACAACAAAACCUGUGCCACUUCGAAAAAGACCAUCAUCUCAAUUACCAUUGAAUAUAGAUCCGAGCCCGAUAAAAAUUGAACUUGUAAAUGAGAAUAUUCAAGGAUCUAAACCAUCUAAACCUCUUCGAAAACAGCCAUCUUCAGUGCUUCCAAUUAAUAUUGAUCCAAGUCCAGCGAAAUUUGAAGGAGCAAUUGAAAAUGCUUAUAAAAAUAAAGAAGAUGAAGAACAUCCAGCGAAUAAAAUUGAGGAAUCAAUUCGUAAUAUUCUUCGACAAUUUGAUCAGAAUUUCGUUGAAGUUUUCAAAAAAGAAUGGGAAUUUGUCAAUGCUUCUGUGGUGAAUGAUGCGGAUUGCACGGCAUUCUCACAAAAUCAACAAUGCAAUCAAGAUGACACAAUUGUAUGUUUAGAUAUAAAUCGUGUAAAAUUGAAAUCCACGCCAGAUUAUAUUCACGCAAGCAACGUUGAAAUCAAAGAUAUUUCUCGAAAAUUCAUCCUGGCUCAACUGCCUUUAGUUUCGAUUGAAAGAUAUUCCGAUUUUUGGACAAUGAUUCAUCAACAACAAAUAAAUAACAUCUAUUUGCUAUCCUCUUUGGAAGAAUCGAAUAAAACUGAAGGUGAAAAGUUUAGUGGAUUAUUCCCAAUUUAUUAUGGUGAUCAUUCAACACAUGCAAAUAUGUGGGUUCAUAAUAAAAAAAGUUCAAGGAGCAACUGAAGAAAUAAAUGAGUGUUAUUGGUUGGAAGUUAUGGAAAAAGGUGAUGCGAUUCGAGUGAAUUUGAAUGUUUUGAAUUAUUGGGAGAGUGGAAAAACUGUGAAAAACCGCAAGAAAUUGUUGGCAACUAUUUUGAAUUUGUUGGCAAUUAGUGAGGAUGAACAACAUCCAAUUGGAAUUAUUUCGAAAAAAGGAGCUGGAAGAGCUGGAACAUUUUUGGCAAUUCUUAGCGCGAUUCAUUUUAUGAAAAAUGGAACGAAUUUUUAG